GGAACCUGUGCGUCAGAACUCAGAAGCAGGAUGAGAAGAUGGCAGACUUCCUGUUACCUCGGGGCACCAGCAGCUUCCGCAGGUUCACCCGGGAGUCCCUGGCAGCCAUCGAGAAGCGCAAGGCGGAAAAGCAAGCCCGGAGCUCAGCCGCCGCGCAGGAGAGCCGGGAGGGCCUGCCGGAGGAGGAGGCUCCCCGGCCCCAGCUGGACCUGCAGGCCUCCAAAAAACUGCCUGAUCUCUAUGGCAGCCCACCCCGAGAGCUCAUCGGGGAGCCCCUGGAAGACCUGGACCCCUUCUAUAGCACCCAGAAGACCUUCAUCGUGCUGAAUAAAGGAAAGACCAUCUUCCGGUUCAGCGCCACCAACGCCUUGUACGUCCUCAGUCCCUUCCACCCUGUUCGUAGAGCAGCAGUGAAGAUUCUAGUUCACUCGCUCUUCAGCAUGCUCAUCAUGUGCACCAUUUUGACCAACUGCGUGUUCAUGGCCCAGCACGACCCUCCACCCUGGACCAAGUAUGUCGAGUACACCUUCACUGCCAUCUACACCUUCGAGUCUCUGGUCAAGAUCCUGGCUCGCGGUUUCUGCCUGCACGCCUUCACUUUCCUUCGGGACCCAUGGAACUGGCUGGACUUCAGCGUGAUUGUCAUGGCGUAUGUAUCUGAGAAUAUAAAGCUAGGCAAUUUGUCGGCUCUUCGAACUUUCAGAGUCCUGAGAGCUCUAAAAACUAUUUCAGUUAUCCCAGGACUGAAGACCAUCGUGGGGGCCCUGAUCCAGUCCGUGAAGAAGCUGGCUGACGUAAUGGUCCUCACGGUCUUCUGCCUGAGCGUCUUUGCCCUCAUCGGCUUGCAGCUCUUCAUGGGUAACCUGAGGCACAAGUGUGUGCGUAACUUCACCGAGCUCAAUGGCACCAAUGGCUCGGUGGAAGCCAACGGUCUGGUCUGGAACUCGCUGGACCUCUACCUCAAUGACCCAGACAAUUACCUGCUUAAGAAUGGUACCUCCGACGUGCUACUGUGUGGAAACAGCUCAGAUGCUGGGACGUGUCCCGAGGGCUACCGGUGCCUGAAAGCUGGCGAGAACCCUGACCACGGCUACACCAGCUUCGACUCCUUCGCCUGGGCCUUCCUGGCCCUCUUCCGCCUGAUGACGCAGGACUGCUGGGAGCGCCUCUACCAGCAGACCCUGCGGUCGGCGGGCAAGAUCUACAUGAUCUUCUUCAUGCUCGUCAUCUUCCUGGGCUCCUUCUACCUGGUCAACCUGAUCCUGGCUGUGGUGGCCAUGGCCUACGAGGAGCAGAACCAAGCCACCAUCGCUGAGACAGAGGAGAAGGAGAAGCGCUUCCAGGAGGCCAUGGAGAUGCUCAAGAAGGAGCACGAGGCCCUCACCAUCAGAGGUGUGGAUACUGUGUCACGUAGCUCCUUGGAGAUGUCCCCUUUGGCCCCAGUAACCAACUACCAGAGAAGAAGCAAGAGGAGAAAACGACUGUCUUCGGGGACAGAGGACGGCGGGGAUGACAGGUUUCCCAAAUCUGACUCAGAAGACGGGCCCAGAGCAUUGAGUCGGCUGGGCCUGGGCCAGGGGCUCAGCGGGACGUCUCUGAAGCCGCGCUCCAGCCGCGGGAGCGUCUUCGCCUUCCGACGGAGGGACCCGGGCUCCGAGGCCGACUUCGCCGACGACGAGAACAGCACAGCAGGAGACAGCGAGAGCCGCCGCACGCCGGCGCCCUGGGCCCUGCGCCGCCCCAGUGCGCACGGACAGCCCAGCCCCGGGACGCCGGCUUCUGGCCACGUCCUCAAUGGCAAGAGAAACAGUAGCGUGGACUGCAACGGGGUGGUCUCCUUGCUGGGGACUGGUGACGCAGAGGCCACCUCUCCAGGGAGCCGCCUCCUCCGCCCCAUGAUGCUGGAGCGACCCCCAGACACGACCACACCGUCGGAGGAGCCCGGUGGGCCCCAGAUGCUGACCCCGCAGGUUCCAUGCGCGGAUGGCUUCGAGGAGCCAGGAGCUCGGCAGCGGGCACUCAGCGCCGUCAGUGUCCUCACCAGUGCCCUGGAAGAGUUGGAGGAGUCCCACCGCAAGUGCCCCCCGUGCUGGCACCGCUUUGCCGAGCGCUACCUGAUCUGGGAGUGCUGCCCGCUGUGGCUGUCCAUCAAGGAGAAGGUGAAGUUCGUGGUCAUGGACCCGUUUGCCGACCUCGCCAUCACCAUGUGCAUCGUGCUCAACACGCUGUUCAUGGCGCUGGAGCACUACAACAUGACCUCCGAAUUCGAGGAGAUGCUGCAGGUCGGGAACCUGGUCUUCACGGGGAUCUUCACCGCAGAGAUGACCUUCAAGAUCAUUGCCCUUGAUCCCUACUACUACUUCCAGCAGGGUUGGAACAUCUUCGACAGCAUCAUCGUCAUCCUCAGCCUCAUGGAGCUGGGCCUGUCCCGUAUGGGCAACCUGUCUGUGCUGCGCUCCUUCCGCCUGCUGCGGGUCUUCAAACUGGCCAAGUCGUGGCCCACCCUCAACACACUCAUCAAGAUCAUCGGGAACUCGGUGGGCGCGCUGGGCAACCUGACCCUCGUCCUGGCCAUCAUCGUCUUCAUCUUCGCCGUGGUGGGCAUGCAGCUCUUCGGCAAGAACUACUCCGAGCUGAGGCACCGCAUUGGCGACUCGGGCCUGCUGCCCCGCUGGCACAUGAUGGAUUUCUUCCACGCCUUCCUCAUCAUCUUCCGCAUCCUCUGCGGCGAGUGGAUCGAGACCAUGUGGGACUGCAUGGAGGUGUCGGGCCAGUCCUUGUGUCUGCUGGUCUUUCUACUCGUCAUGGUCAUUGGUAACCUUGUGGUCCUGAACCUCUUUCUGGCCUUGCUGCUCAGCUCCUUCAGCGCAGACAACCUCACCGCCCCCGACGAGGACGGGGAGAUGAACAAUCUGCAGCUGGCCCUGGCCCGCAUCCAGCGGGGCCUGCGCUUCGUCAAGAGGGCCACUUGGGACUUCUGCUGCGGGCUCCUGCGACGGCGGCCCAAGAAACCCGCAGCUCUCGCCACCCAUGGCCAGCUGCCCAGCUGCAUCGCUGCCCCCGGCUCCCCACCACCCCCAGAGGUGGAGAAGGCACCCCCAGCCCGGAAGGAAACACGAUUUGAGGAAGCUAAGCGGCCAGGCCAGGGCACUUCUGGGGAUCCCGAGCCCGUGUGUGUUCCCAUUGCUGUGGCUGAAUCAGACACCGAUGACCAGGAGGAGGAAGAGGAAGAGGAAGAGAACAGCCUAGGUACUGACGAAGAAUCCAGCAAGCAGCAGGAAUCCCAGCCUGUGUCCGAUGGCCAAGAGGCCACCCAGGAGCCCAGGGCCUGGAGCCAGGUGUCAGAGACCGCCUCUUCCGAGGCUGAGGCCGCCACGUCUCAGGCAGUCGAGCAGCAGCAGUGGGAAGCGGAGCCCCGGGCCCCAGGGUGUGGUGAGACCCCGGAGGAUAGCUACUCAGAGGGGAGCACCGCUGAUGUGACAAACACUGCGGACCUCAUGGAGCAGAUCCCGGACCUUGGUGAGGACGUCAAGGACCCGGAGGAUUGCUUCACCGAAGGCUGUGUCCGGCGCUGUCCCUGCUGCACUGUGGACACCACGCAGGCCCCUGGGAAGGUCUGGUGGCGACUGCGCAAGACGUGCUACCGCAUCGUGGAGCACAGCUGGUUCGAGACGUUCAUCAUCUUCAUGAUCCUGCUCAGCAGUGGAGCACUGGCCUUUGAGGACAUCUAUCUGGAGGAGCGACAGACCAUCAAGGUCCUGCUGGAGUAUGCCGACAAGAUGUUCACCUACGUCUUUGUGCUGGAGAUGCUGCUCAAGUGGGUGGCCUAUGGCUUCAAGAAGUACUUCACCAAUGCCUGGUGCUGGCUCGACUUCCUCAUCGUGGAUGUCUCACUGAUCAGCCUCGUGGCCAAUACUCUGGGCUUUGCCGAGAUGGGUCCCAUCAAGUCACUGCGGACACUGCGCGCACUGCGACCCCUGAGGGCCCUGUCACGUUUUGAGGGCAUGAGGGUGGUGGUCAACGCCCUGGUGGGCGCCAUCCCCUCCAUCAUGAACGUCCUCCUGGUCUGCCUCAUCUUCUGGCUCAUCUUCAGCAUCAUGGGUGUGAACCUGUUCGCGGGCAAGUUUGGAAAGUGCAUCAACCAGACCGAGGGAGACAUGCCUUUGAACUACACCAUUGUGAACAACAAGAGCGAGUGUGAGUCCUUCAACGUGACUGGAGAAUUGUACUGGACCAAGGUGAAGGUCAACUUUGACAACGUGGGGGCUGGGUACCUGGCCCUUCUGCAGGUGGCGACUUUCAAAGGCUGGAUGGACAUCAUGUACGCGGCUGUGGACUCCCGAGGGUACGAGGAGCAGCCGCAGUGGGAGAGCAACCUGUACAUGUACGUCUACUUCGUGGUCUUCAUCAUCUUUGGGUCCUUCUUCACCUUGAACCUUUUCAUCGGCGUCAUCAUUGACAACUUCAACCAACAGAAGAAAAAGUUAGGGGGCCAGGACAUCUUCAUGACAGAGGAACAGAAGAAGUAUUACAAUGCCAUGAAGAAGCUGGGCUCCAAGAAACCCCAGAAACCCAUCCCACGGCCUCUGAACAAGUACCAGGGCUUCAUAUUCGACAUCGUGACCAAGCAGGCCUUCGACGUCACCAUCAUGUUUCUCAUCUGCUUAAAUAUGGUGACCAUGAUGGUGGAGACGGAUGACCAGAGCCCCGAGAAGGUCAACAUCUUAAGCAAGAUCAACCUGCUCUUCGUGGCCAUCUUCACGGGCGAGUGCACCAUCAAGAUGGCCGCCCUGCGCCAUUACUACUUCACCAACAGCUGGAACAUCUUCGACUUCGUGGUCGUCAUCCUCUCCAUCGUGGGCACCGUCCUCUCCGACAUCAUCCAGAAGUACUUCUUCUCCCCGACGCUCUUCCGGGUCAUCCGCCUGGCCCGCAUCGGCCGCAUCCUCAGGCUGAUCCGCGGGGCCAAGGGCAUCCGCACGCUGCUCUUCGCGCUCAUGAUGUCCCUGCCCGCCCUCUUCAACAUCGGCCUCCUGCUCUUCCUCGUCAUGUUCAUCUACUCCAUCUUCGGCAUGGCCAACUUCGCCUACGUCAAGUGGGAGGCCGGCAUCGACGACAUGUUCAACUUCCAGACGUUCGCCAACAGCAUGCUGUGCCUCUUCCAGAUCACCACGUCGGCCGGCUGGGACGGCCUGCUCAGCCCCAUCCUCAACACGGGGCCCCCCUACUGUGACCCCAACCUGCACAACAGCAAUGGCUCCCGGGGCAACUGCGGGAGCCCAGCCGUGGGCAUUGUCUUCUUCACCACCUACAUCAUCAUCUCCUUCCUCAUCGUGGUCAACAUGUACAUCGCCAUCAUCCUGGAGAACUUCAGCGUGGCCACCGAGGAGAGCACGGAGCCCCUGAGCGAGGACGACUUCGACAUGUUCUACGAGAUCUGGGAGAAGUUCGACCCCGAGGCCACCCAGUUCAUCGAGUACUCGGCGCUGUCCGACUUCGCCGACGCCCUGUCUGAGCCUCUCCGCAUCGCCAAGCCCAACCAGAUAAGCCUCAUCAACAUGGACCUGCCCAUGGUCAGCGGGGACCGUAUCCACUGCAUGGACAUCUUGUUCGCGUUCACCAAGAGGGUGCUGGGGGAGUCCGGGGAGAUGGACGCCCUGAAGAUCCAGAUGGAGGAGAAGUUCAUGGCGGCCAACCCGUCCAAGAUCUCCUACGAACCCAUCACCACCACCCUCCGGCGCAAGCACGAGGAGGUGUCGGCCACCGUCAUCCAGCGGGCCUUCCGGCGGCACCUGCUGCAGCGCUCGGUGAAGCACGCCUCCUUCCUCUUCCGCCAGCAGGCGGGCAGCGGCGGCCUCUCGGACGAGGACGCCCCGGAGAGAGAGGGCCUGAUCGCCUCCAUGAUGAACGAGAACUUCUCCCGGCGCGGUGGCCCGCCCUCCAGCUCCUCCAUCUCCUCCACGUCCUUCCCGCCCUCCUACGACAGUGUCACCAGGGCCACCAGCGACAACCUCCCCGUGCGGAUGUCGGACUACAGCCAUAGCGAGGACCUUGCUGACUUCCCCCCGUCCCCAGACAGGGACCGAGAGUCUGUAGUGUGACGCUGGCCUCAGCUGGCCAGGACGCCCCCUGUUGCAUCUUAACAAACCUGAAUGCAGUCAAAAACCAACAUCAGCUGCAGCCUUCCUGGCUUUGGAUUUGGGGGUGGGGGGGAGCAAGAGAUGGGCCUCGGCCCCCAGGAGCCACAGGGCGGAGUUCUGGAAGCGGCUGGAGGCCCCAGUUUGUGGAAGCCUGCCACAUAGCCUGCGAAAAACAAGACGCGGACACUGCACGGGUUGUGGAGGGGAUUUCAUAAAUUUAUUAUAUUUGAUAUUUUUUUACUUGAACAAAGAACAGUUUUCCAUGGACCUGGGCAGCAGUCCACGCUGCCUCCUCUUAACCCUGAGCGAGAGCGUCCACAGAGCCACCGAACUCUGCUCCCAAGUGAGGCCCGGCGGGAUGCCUCGGCCUUUGUGCCCCGGGGAGGAAAGUCACGGGCUGAGGCACCAGGUCUCUCUCUCUCUCUCUCUCUCACACACACACACACACACACACACACACGUGCGCGUGAACCCACUCCUCACACACACAGGCCCCGCACGCAGGCCACAAGGACCUAGGUUCCCUUCGGUCCCAGCAGCCACUUGAAGGGAGACAGGCCUCUCCUGGCAGCCCCUGGGCGUGGAGUUCUUCCCGCGGGGCUCCCCGUUGUCCCCCAGGGUCCCAUCUUCCUGUCUGUCGUUCAGGCCGCACUAAGUCAGUGCUACAAAAACUCAGAAGCUUCCAGAAGAGCAGCUGGGUCGCAGGCGCUCACACUGCUUUCUCUUCUCUUUCCCUCCGAGAGGACUAUGAUCGCUGAAGCCCACAGGCACGAGGGAGCCCGCCGCGCCCGCGGCCACAGUUCCGGGGCCUGGCAGGCCCUGCCCGCGGGCUGGGGGAGGAGGAGGCCGGCUCCACCACGGGGGCUCUGGGCCGUCGAACACAUGGGCACCUGCUCCUGGUGGCUGCUCGACCCGUCCAAACAGGAAGCUGGUCACCAUCUCCCAGACUCUCAGCAGGGCCGGUCUGUGGGUGAGAGACUCCCAAGGGAGCUCCAGCCCCUGUCCAGACAUUGCGUGUGGACGGGGCCAAAGAAAGGCCCCGGAUGCUCAGGCCUGGCUCCGGGAGGGAACGAGCCCUGCAUCCCACCGGGGAAAGGAAGCAGUGUGACUCUGAGGCUCCACCCUGGGUCCUCAUACAGGACUCCUCAGAGAAGGGUCCCUGCCAUCCCAAGGUAUCUUCUGAGAAGGCUUUUUCAGGGAAAAAAUAUAUAUAUACAUAUACAUACCUUUACUAGUUUAAUGCCCCCCCCCCGCCCAAACCCUUCAGCUGCUGACAAUCCUUUUUAGCAUAUGCAAAUCUUUUCUUGUAGAGAACUGUCACCCUGAAGUGACAGGAGCCACCCUCGGCCAGGGGGCACCCACCUCACGGGCCACCGCAGCUCCCCUGCCCGCUGCAGGCUGGCUGAUUCUAACCUACCUCGCCGAGCUGUCGGAGGGCGGGACGUUCGCGACACUCGUGGCAGGGCCGAAGGGUGGGCGUUGCCGGCGAGUCAAGUAUUAUGUUUCCUUGUCACCUCAGCUCCCUUGGUGGCAGCCAGCCCCUUCCCCACCCAGCCCUGAAGACGUCUCUUCUCCCA